UUAUGCCUACAUAAAUAAACACUUAAAAAAAAAAAGCAAGUCCAAUUUGACUACUCAUUAACACCACUUACUUUUUACUUUCUAUGCUAUCGUACUUCUGAUACUUCUGUACAAGUGAUUAGAUUUAAAGUUAAGAAACAUAUAGUAAAGUAAUUUUCUUGGGCUAGGCUAUCUUUACGUUUACUCAAGUAUGGCUGCCGCUUACGAUAUACAUGACUGCCAUAAACUGGUUAUUCAUAAUACACGUCCUUUUGUGUUUGUUGACAGUGGUGACGUCACAUCUUCACAUCUGCUCCUCCUAGCAACCUUCUUUUCUUCUGUUCUUUCUGCAAUUUGACACGUCUGCCACGUAGAAGCUUCCUGGAACGCCAGGAUGAACUUCUGAGCAAGACCUGUUGGACCUGAAGCGGAACUUCUCUGACAUGGCAGAAGAGCACUUGUAAACAGAAAAAAACAAUGGGGUGCUCUGUGCUCUUGUUGGCCAGCACCGUGUCCAGUCUGGGAGGCCUGCUUUUUGGUUACGAACUGGGCAUAAUCUCUGGUGGUUUGCUGCAGCUCAAGGCCGAGCUCCGACUCACCUGCAUCCAGCAGGAGGCGCUGGUCAGCUCUUUGUUGAUCGGCGCCCUACUGUCCUCUCUGGUGGGAGGAGGCUUGAUCGACCGCUACGGCCGGAGAAAGUCCAUCCUCCUCAGUAAUGUCUUGAUGCUAACUGGUAGCCUCAUCCUGCUCAUCAGCUCCUACCCUACGCUGCUGUGUGGCAGGUUCACAGUGGGUGUCUCCAUGUGUCUGUCCUCCAUUUCCUGCUGCAUCUUCGUGUCGGAGCUGGUCACUCCUGAGCGUAGGGGUUUCCUGGUAACCCUGUAUGAAGCUGGCAUCACCGUGGGCAUCCUUGUAGCCUACACUAUGAACUACAUCCUGUUUGACUUGCAGAGGGGCUGGAAGUGGAUGUUUGGCUUAGCUGUGGUACCAGCCUUGAUUCAGCUCUUCUCUAUAUGCUUCCUUCCGUCCAACACUGGCAGAGGUAGGAUUCAUUCUCAAGCAGAUCUGAUCACUUCCACGGAUGCCCAAGAAGAAGGGGACUGCAACAAAAGAGAGGAGUAUGACAUCAUGUCCCUUUUGCAGCGCAAAGACAACAUGAGGAGCCGCAGCAUCGUCGGGCUGGGAUUGGUGCUCUUUCAGCAGUUCACAGGACAGCCCAGCAUUCUCUUUUACGCGCCCACCAUCUUUCAGUCAGCAGGCUUUCAGAGCGCUGACUCUGCAGUACUUGCCACCGUUGGCAUCGGACUGGUCAAAGUGGUGGCUACGCUCACCUCCAUGGUGUAUUCGGACAGAGUGGGCAGGAGGCCUUUGCUCAUCAGUGGAUGCUGCGUCAUGGCCUUGUGUCUGAUCACCAUCGGACUUCUCAGUGGGCGUUCACUGAAGGACGCUAGGGGGCUUUGUAACAAAGACCACGCCAUCGGCAACAGAACAAGUCCAUCUGUUUUUCCCGUGGGAAACCAUACGCUUUUGAACACGCCGGCGGUUGACGACAACAAACUCCAAAAAACACCAAAACCUGUGCAACUUGCAAAGGAACCUCCGAGUGUUGGUCAAAAAGUUGCAAACUGGAUCAUCCUUACGUGCAUGAUGGCUGCUGUGGCUGCAUACUCCAUUGGAUUUGGACCAAUGACGUGGCUCCUCCUCAGUGAAAUCUUUCCUGCUCCUGUGAGAGGAAGAGCGUUUGCCCUCACCAGCUGCUUCAACUGGAGUGCCCACCUCUUGGUUGCCUUCACCUUCCUGGAUGUUUUCAAUGCUGUGGGUCUGGGUGGGACGUUCCUCAUGUACGGGGCGACCUCAGUGGUGGCUGCAGUUUUCUUCUACUUCCUGCUGCCAGAAACCAAAGGCAAGACGCUGGAUGAGAUAGACAAGGAGCUGCGUAUGAACAGGUUUCACCACCAUGUUGAGUGCUGUGCCUUCAUCAGACCAACACCUGCUCACCACCGCUACCAAAGAGUCAGCCGUCAACGGAGCAGUUCAAUCUUAGAACAUCGCUAACAACAGCACAGGAAGUUAGCUGACAUGAGGUGAGGAGUCACACUGAUGAUGCUGGCCGUGCUAACAGCCGGGUUCCCACUGGCUAGGUUGGCAGCUCCAGCUCCACCACGAGACUGCUCCUUCAGAAUGGGAACUACCAAAGCAACCAAAACAAUGACUUUCUAUUUCAAUAAAGCCCAAAUAUGCUUUCUAUUUGUUCCCAAACCACUAGGGGGAUGUGUAUGUACAGGUAUGUACUGUACAUAUAUUCAUAAUAAGAUUUUUCAGUAUGAAACACUGAGUUUGGUACAGAAGUGUGCCAAAGUGAGAGACAGGAAGUGUUUACGGCAUCAUGAGUCUACUUGGUAAACAAAUACAGCACGGUGCAGUCUUUGGUUAUCGGAGUCAUGACUAGUGCUUGAAAAGCUUCUGUGGUUCAAGUAUGAAGACACUCCUAAGAAUGUAAUACAAGCUCCUUGCAGGGACUAAGCCUAAUGAUGAAUGCUGAGCUUACAGAAGUAGGGAUGAUCCAUGGCCUCCCGGGCAGUCAGCCGGGCCUGGUGAUCGUAGCGCAGCAGCUUAUCCAGGAAAUCCAGAGCUUCAGGGCUGACCAGGUGCUGGUUUUCACUAUGGACGAAGCGCUCCCACCGUUUACGAGAAUGCCUGGAGAAGAACAACAAGUACGAAAGAAGAUAUUCAAUGUUGAUUCAUUUCAUUGACUUCAUUCUGUACAUAUUUGUUACUUUUGUCAUGAAUAUCAUAGUUGCUUUUGCUGGAAAAGAUGCUCGAAGAUUUGUAGACCAGUUCUUCAAACAAACAUUUUAAGUGGUUUUAGCUCGCUACUUACCUUCCAAGUAUAUCAUUGAAGCGAGGUUCUAGCUCAAUGUUGUACUUAUCGAUGUAAUCGUAGAGGUCUUCUGUGCCUAAAACCUUGGCUAUUCUCACCAGCUGGAAAAAGGACAAACUCUCAGUCAUAAAAUAGGGCACGCACGCAGCACACACAGUACUACACCACACACAUUGCAGCAAGAAUUUUAUCCUAUUUCCCGGACUAUAAGGCAAAAAAGUCAAAAAUGAGUAUAAGUCACCAGCCAAAAAUGCACAAUGAAGAAGAAAAAAAAACAUAAGUCGCAUUUUUGGGGGGAAAAUGAUUUUAUAAAAUCAGAGACCAAGAACAGACAUUUCAUCGUGAAAGGCAAGUUAUAUUAAUAACAAUAAAACAGGCUAAAUAGGCAUCUGUUAACGUAACUAACAGUUAUUCAGAUAACUACAGCCUAAACAACAUAACAUAACUACUUUACUUGCAGCUUGUAAUCUGCAGAAUAUGAUUUGGGAGCGUUUGUGUUCCGUCUUUCUCAGUUCUUUUUAUAAGUUGAUGUUUGCAUUUCCCGGUUUAUUAAUCACACACCCGCUUACUUGAACUGCACUGGCAUUAUACUGUAUUAUUAUUAUCCGUUUGCACAUCUCAAUCUUACUCUUGAAUUAUGUCUCAAUUAUUUAUGUAUUUCUUAAGUCUCUGUGUAUACCUGUAUGUACAGUGAGAGCUAAAGUCAAAUUCCUUGUUUGUGUCAGCAUACUUGGCCAAUUAAGCUGAUUCUGAUUCUAAAAAAAAUCGGUAUCAUCCAAAAUCUGAACCGGCAGGUCAAAUUUUAAUCGGUGCACCCCUACACAAUAUUCACCAAAUAUAUAUAUCAUAUAUAUUUUUUAAGUUCUAAAUACUUGUAUAUUCACCAAACAUAUUAACAAAUAUACCACAUUAUCAGUAAAUAAAGUACAUAUGGUGAACAGGGGCUGUUAUGCAGUCUUAUAGCAGCAGGAACGAACCUCUGUUCUACGGCGCAGAGAGAGGAGCUCGUCACUGCGGCGGCUUCUUUGAGCUGCGAGUCGCAUGCAGGUGUCUACAGUUUUUGAGGACAUGGCUUGCAUCAGACAAUUAGAAAACUGCUAAUUUUCUACCCUUUUGGCCCUUCAGCCAAACGCAAAAGUCUGUUUCUGUCCUUUAAAAACAAAGCUUUUGGAUAACUCCGAUCAGAGUGGAGAAUUAAAAAACUUCAGACUAGGAGAUCUUGCACCAAUUUCUCAGACUAGAGCUGUCCUGUCCUUUUUAGAUUGAUAUUUUAACUAUUAAAUACCCACAAGGCAUUUGGUCAUUUUUUCCUUUUUGCACUACAAGGAAACCUAAAAAUCAGGACACUUAAUUGGUGGUUUAAGUUGUUCUGCUCUGUAUAUUAGUUUAUAUUAUUUUAUUUUAUUAACUACCUCAAACGUUUUGAAAAGCCUUGUGAUUUCCUUUAUUUGCAAAAGCAAAAUACUGCUAUGCACUUGAAUUUUUAAACUGAAAAACAAAUGACUAAAAGGAACUGAUGUCAUUUAGUAGUUUGGACAGCAAUUUUCUAAACGUUUCAUUUCUAUUUGAGAGAACUACCUCAUGUGCAGUUACAACAACAACAUUGUAUUGUUUCACGGGAUGGUGUCUUUUGACUUUAUUCCCCUAACAUUACAGCAGUUUUUUUUCUAUUUUUGCUGUUAUUUUUAUCUAUUUCAUCUUUCAUCUUGUAAUUUUUUUUAGAUUGUGCGUCAGGCCAAUUAAAAAAAAAAAAAGCAGUGGGCCACAAAUGGCCCUCGCACUGCACUUUGGACACCCCUGCAUUAGAAGUUCUUAUACAUGACCUGAUUCUGAUUCUGCAGCCUUUACACUCUUUGGGCAUGUGUGGUGGUAUGCCACAGUUCAGACUUGUUAUGCCUAAACAAUACUUUCAAAACUUUAAGCAACUGCAGAUGGAAAGCAGCUGCAGCUAAAUUGUGAAGCACUUCUUCUUUAUUGUAAAGAUGAAUGUGUUUACACAUUGUCCCUGUUCAACAAAUAAUAAAAUAAAAUAACUGCCAUGCAGCUGACAGAUGAAAUUGUGAGCCCCAUUGCAGCCCCUUUGCUCCACCGCUCACAGAAACAAUCACGGCAGCAGACGGCAAAGGCAGCGAAGUUCUUUUCACAAAGCCUUCAUGUGGGUUGGCACGCUCCGAGCCCCUCCUCUAAACACCCCCUCCAACUCCAAAACCAUUAAGUUCAUUAAGGUGAACAUUUAAAACAUUUAAUUUAAAGUGAAACCAGGAAGUUUAAACUGAAAAAAUGACCAAAAAAGAAUGAAUCUAUUAAAAAAAAAAAACCUCAGGAAAAAAGAUGAACACGAAGGCGUGAAAGAUAUAUAUUUUACAUACAGUCGUCCCUCGUUUUAUUGGUUCCAGACCUGACGGCGACAAGUGAAUUUCUCCAAAGUAGGAUUCAAUAAAUAAAUGACAGCAUAUAAAACCUUUUUAUGACCUUCUAAAUACGCUUUUGCCGGUAUUAGAGCCCUCUAAACAUGAAAUAAUACCCCUAUACACUUGUAUUACCCAAUAUAGUAGACAUUACAGAAAGCCAUCUUAGACAUAAAUAAAUUAACUCACACGUUAGCAUUGACAACAUACUUCCUGGUGGCUCUCAUCAACGUAACGUUACUGACACCUAGAGACCAGUGUAGAAUAGUGUAGAACUGCCUCUGUGGUUAAAGAGAGACUUACGAUGCACUUCAAUGGUUCUGUUAAUAAGCAGAGUACACAUGCAGUGAACGUUCACACAGGAGCUGCUAUCUGCUAACCUGCUGAUAGCACUCAGCUAACAGCCAUCUCUACCUACUGCAUUACACUUCAUAUCACAUCUUCUUAAUGCUUUGUGUAUUUUUGUUCAUUUUACAAUUUUUUGCCACUUCAAUGGCUCUGUUAAGCAGAGUACACAUGCAGUGAACAUUCACACAGGAGCUGCUGUCAGCCACUCUCGACACUGCUAACCUGCUGCUAGCACUCAACUAACAGCCAACUCUAGCUACGCAUUACACUUCAUAUCACAUCUUCUAAAUGCUUUGUGUGUGUAUUUUUGUUCAUUUUGCCAUUUUCAUGCUUGAACAAAUGGUUAAUUUAGGCCAAGAAUACAUACAAUUUGCUUAAAUAUAAUUUUUUUCCCCCUGCGAUUGGUUGGCGACCAGUCCAGGGUGUACCCUGCCUGUCGCCCGAAGUCAGCUGGGAUAGGCUCCAGCAUGCCCCCGCAACCCUAAUGAGGAGAAGCGGUAUAAAAAAUGGAUGGAUGGAUGGAUAAUUUUUUUUUUUGCUGAUAAUAGGCCGUAUUCAACCACAAAACAACGAUUAUGCAAUAAUUAAUUUUUGAAAAACCGCAAUAGAGUGAGAGUGCAAUGUUCAGGGGACAACUGUAUAUUCAUUACUAAAAACAAAGAAACAUCCAUGUUUUUUUUCCAUUGAUUGACGGCAGUGUUGUGGCUCCAUCAGUGUCCUUGAUUUGGAAAAACCUUGCUGAAAAUAUUUAGUGUCAGUCAGGGCCUGUCCACGUGGGAAGGUUUUCUGGUAAUGUGGUCACCCUGAAACAAAAUCUGCCAACGUCGCCAUGACAUCACCGCCCCAUCACAUGUCCAGAAGUGAGCGGUUGGGUACUGCUGGUGAAAAGCCAACAUAAUAUCUGAAUUCUCCUGAUAUCUUUUGUCUUACUCUAAAAUGACUCGCAGAAGUAAUUCUACUUCAUCGCAAGUCCACACAAGUGUUUUUCCUUCUUUCUAGAAUUUUGUGUGCCACGUGGUUUUGUCUGUUUGUUUACAGCGCCACAUGUAGGCAUUCCUUAAGUAUUACAUCCUUCUCACCCAGUGAUCUGUUCCCGUGUGGACGUGACUAUUUACUGACCACGGCAUUUUUUUCCAACCCGCAGCGUUCCCAUGUGGACGGAGCCCAGGACUGCAAGACUGUGAAGCAGCAAUGCAGAGUGUGAGUACCUGGUCAUAGUUGUCAUGGCCAUGGAAGAAAGGCUCUUUCCUGAAGAUCAUGCUGGCCAACAUGCAUCCCAAGCUCCACAUAUCCAGACUGUAGUCAUACAUCUGAAAUACACAGAUCUUGCUUUAGCUCUGACUGUAAUUCGGCACAUUUCCAUUUCAUGGAGUCCUAAAGUGCAAGUGUUUUACUUGGAUUUGCUAAAAUGGAUGUGUGCCAAUUGUAAAAUUUGUAAAAGACGCAAUCCACCCGCACUACCUUCACAAUCGCCGUAAUGCGCACCCUUGAUAUAGAAUAUGUCCAUAUGUCCAUUCAUACAAUGUAGGCCUGGGCGAUAAACCCAAAAUUUACCAUUACCGAAAUUUACUACGAUAACCGAUGUCACUUUGCCCAUGUCAAUAAAUUCAGUGUUUUAAUAAAAAAGAAAACACCAGUCUUUUUUGUCUGUUUUCACUGUGUGUGCUGGUAAGCUAUGUUAAUUUCCCUUUAUAAGACGAGGUAGGGCGUGUGUAGUCACGUGACUCCACCCAUCCAGCCUGAACAAGAAGGGAACAGACGAUGAGGGAAUGGCUGAUGGUUCAAAUGAAGAAGUGGCUGUACAGUGCCAGCAUUUGACUCUCUUACGCGCCUACAAAUAGACUGUGCAAGUAGAAACAAUAAAAAGGGGGCACACGUGCGACUACAUUUUUCAACCCUUUCAUUCGCAUUUUGCUCGUGAAAUAAGUCCAUACAAAGUGAAUCCAAGUAGAGUAACGUUUUGGCACAAAUGUAUACAUAUCUACAAGUCUCCUACAACUUGUCUUGGUUCACAUUGGCAACUUGUGUUGAUGCACGAUGACAUCUCAGCCGUACAAGCUGCACUCGCUAACGUAGCUAACUUGCUAUGAUAUCAGUUGGAUACUGGAGCGCUGCGGGAAUGAUGACUGCUCUCUGUGACGUACUAUAGUGCUUUCCCACUCGUGCUAAAAAUACUUUUUUUUUGUUUGUAUGCAUCAUAACGCCGCUCCAAAUGAUACACAAAUACUUGACUUUAGAUAUAUGGAUUUUUAAAACCUUAAAAAAAAACAUGUAAAUCAGGACCAAUUAUGCAAAAUUGACAAUUCACAAAUACAGAAUAAGAUAAUAUAAACAUUAUAAAAGCGUCUCUAUAGGAAACCAUGAUUAGUUUGCUCUUGUUAGCAGUUGUUACAGAUUCCAUGCUUUAUUUGAUGUCAGGACUAGAUGGUCACAUGCUACAAGUACAUGUGAAAUUCUCUUUUCAUUGUGUAAAUGGUCAUUUUGAUGGUGGUUAUCUAUCCAGUUUCUAAAGCCAACAUGGCCCACACAUAUAGGGAAAUUUGUAUUAUAUUAAUAGUUAAUUUAUUGUUAUUCUUAUUAUUAUUAUUAUUACAUGGUUGUGGUAGGUUGGGCAUCCCAUUACGUGCAUUCCUUAGGCCUUAGGCUAAAUACAACAAUGGUUCGGUUUUGUCCAAUCGGUGCAUGUAAACAUACAAGAUGAAUCAAGGAAAAAGCUCUUCCUUCCCCUUGAAGAGUUUUACCUGAUAAUCAACCAAAAGCUCGGGUCCUUUGAAGUAGCGUGAUGCAACCCUGACGUUGUACUCCUGUCCUGGGUGGUAAAAUUCAGCCAGGCCCCAGUCAAUAAGACGUAGCUACACACAAGACACAUGCACCUAUUAGUGACAACAAAAUACAAGUUUGUGACAGUACAAUAUAAAUAUGGGUAUUAUAUAAGACACACAUUGUAGUUUGAAGGGAUCAUAAUCAGCACAUCAUAUACAAGCAUGCUGUAAGGCAGGGGUCCCCAACCAAAUAUCAGGUGCAAUGAUAUAAAAAAAAAAACCCACACUUAAAAAAAAUGUAAAUAACUACAUCAAAUUUUAUGUAAAUGGAUAACAAUUUUGAAAAUAUGGUUCCCUAUGACGUAACGUCUCAUUUCCAACACUACAUAUUUCAAGUGAGGCACAGUUUACCUCAAAGUGGAGGAAAAGGCGAGGCAUUUGGCUACAGAGUAUAUACAACCCCUUGGAAAAAUGAUGGAAUCACCAGUCUCGGAGGAUGUUCAUUCAGUUGUUUAAA